AUGUAUUAUCUUCGCAAGUUUUGCAAGUAUGGUCCUGAUAAUAGUGCAAGAGUUACUACUACUGACUCUUUUUUCAUCAGUUGGGUUGUUCAAAUUUAUGAUGCGUGGAAGGCCAAUGGCAAAGAUGAAAGUCUGAUUAGUAUACAUCAUGAGGUUGCACAAUAUAUAAGAGGUGAUAGGAUUCUUGCUAAUAUUCCAUGGGUGGAUGUUGAUCAUGUAUGCAUUCCAGUCAAUAGUAGUGCUGCAUUCCACUGGUUUCUGGUUGUUUUUUCCAUCAGAAAAAGGUGUUUAUAUAUUUAUGAUUCUUUAAAUGGUUAUGGGGUUAAACAUACCAAUGCAGUAACAAGUUUGGUUCAAAAAAUAUCUAAAAUGAUACCUUUGUUCCUAGUUGCUACUGAUUAUUAUGCUUUAAGGAAAGACAUUGACUGGAAUACAGAUGUGCAUUAUGCUGGAAGGCCAGUUGGUGAUCCGUUGGUAUAUGGUAAUCGUGAAAACAUCCCACAACAAUGUGACAAUUCAAUGGAUUGUGGUCUGUAUACCUGUGCUUUUGCUGAAUAUGUGUGUCGUGGAGAUAGGAACGUAUCUAUGUCGGGUUUAAAUGCUGAAAAUCUUCGAUUGAGAUUUGGAGCAUUAUUGUGGGAAUAUGGAAAGAUGAAAAUUGAUACUGAAUCUGUUAGUGAAGAUGAAGCUUCUAACCAAGGUCGUCGGUCAAAUCGGAGGGUCAAGGAGUAAAAAGUGUCAUUUCUUAAAACAGAAUUUCAUGAAUGU